UAUCUAUCUCUCGCUCUUUUACUCUCUCUCAGCAACUUACUCCCCAUCGCAAUGCCCUACACCCUCCUCGCAGGCGGAUACCGCUCCUCCAUCGCGGCGCUGGCGUUCGACCCCGCCGCGGGCACCCUCACCAAGGUGUCGGACGCACACACGCCCAUCAACCCCUCGUGGCUCGAGCAUGCGCCGGCCAAGAACACGUUCUACGCCGUCAGCGAGGACGAGACGAACGGGACGGUCUUCUCCGCUGUCGUCAACGACGACGGGGUGCAGGUCACCUCUGAGCGCAAGACACACGGCGGGCCGUGCCACGUCCACGUCAACAAGGACGGCUCGGGUAUCGUUGUCGCGAACUACGUCGGCGGCUCGGUCCUCCACAUCCCCACCAACGCCGACGGCACCCUCUCCACCACGUCCGAGUCGCCCGUCCUAUCCCUCCCCUUCCCGUACGAGAACUCGCCCAAGCCCAACCCUGCCCGCCAGGACGCGCCACACGCACACCAGGUGCUUGAGGGCGAGAACGGCCUCCUGUACGUCUUCGACCUGGGCAGCGACCGCAUCUACCAUGUCAUCCGGCAGGGCGAGAGCGGCCUCAAGGUCGUCGACUGGAACCAGUGUGCUCCUGGCUUUGGCCCGCGCCACGGCGUCGUGAGCCAUGACGGCAAACUCCUCUACGUCCUCGGUGAACUCGGCCACGCCGUGACCGCCUUCGACAUCCCCAGCACGCACGACUACCACCCCGUCUUCGCGCCGGUGGGCAUCAUCCCGCCGUCCGUGCCCGAGGGCUACUCGGGCUCCAUGGACGCGGCCGAGAUCACGCUGCACCCCAACGACCCGCGCACGCUGUACGUCUCCAACCGGCUCGAGCUGGACGCGAGCAAGGCGAACCCGACGCUCCCGCCCAUCCAGGAGCGCCAGGUCGGCGACGCGGUCGCCGUGCUCCGGUUGAAGGCGAACGGCAAGGGCGUCGAGAGCGUGUCGUUUGUCCGCACCAACUGCGACACGAUCCGCGCGUUCCAGAUCUCGGCGGACGGCAAGUACGCCGCCGUUGCCGGCCAGCAGAACGAGCUGGUUGAGGUCUACGAGAUUGGAGGCGACAAACACGACCAGUGGAAGCUUGUGGCUGCUGCGCCUGUCGACCGCGUCACCGACUUUAUCUGGCUGUGAUGUAUGGUGGGU